AUGUUCGAGGACGACCUGGUCUCCUCGCAUUCUGAGCAAGUCACUUGCGGCAGAUGCAGGUGUGAAGUAAGCGCUUCUUGCCAGUGUGGAACCCUCUUCCUCUUCACCUUGGCGGUGACUUUCGCCAUCUCCUUGCUCACAUGGACCCAGCUACCGGAGGUGACGCUGGGCGCCUUUGGGCACCUCAAGCAGGUGGGAGUCCCUCAAGCCAUCUCCUACGCCUACUUCCAGAAUGCCAAGAUGCAAAUGUUGGAUUUGCAGAGUAUUGGGGAGCCCUUGGUGGACGUGUCCGGCCCAGGGAAUGCUUCAGACAUGGCGGCCACCGAGUUUAGGUGGCACACCAUCGAAGUGAUCUGGCAGAUGGGCCCCUCAAGCGAAGAGCGUGAGACGGGCUUCCAGCCGAGCGUGGUGAGCGACACCUACCUGGCACAGGUCCGCUGGGCGGAGGAAGCCCUCAAGGACCUGCCAGACUGGCAGGAUUUAUGUUCCACCGUGCCGGCGGAGGUCCGGUUCCUUUGCGAGGUGGGUGAUAGCUUGGUCAGCAUGGCCUAUGGCACUUGGAAGGAGCCCUUGGCUGCGCAGAAGACGCAGGGGCUCGAGUGGGAGGUGUCCUUUGACGCGGCGGGGGAGCUGCGGCAGCUGCCCGUGGAGACGCUCUUGGCCUUCGCCCAAGAGGUGCGGCCUGAGCUGUUGGACCGGUGGCUUCCCAGAGAUCCAACGACCCUGGACGUGGCAGCUCAGCCGCUGUCGCGGCAGCUGCUCCGAUCCAACUUCUUCUUCUACUUGCCAUCGGAGGCGGAGUCCCGCUUCGGCGACCUGGUCCUGGCGCUCCGCGAGGCCUUGCGGCUGCGGCAGGAGGCGUCGAGGUCGGAGAGCGGCGGGCUGCGCGGCUUCUACCGCAUCGAUGGCAGGGACUAUGAGGACCUUGACCUCUCCUUCCAGUUUUAUCCCUUCGCCAUCUUGGCUGCGGCCAAUGUGCUGCUCACUGUCUUGCUCCUCACUCGCCGGCUGCUGCUGGCCGUCUCAGCCACGGCCCUCCUGGCUGCUUCUGCGGCCCUCUCGAGCCAGUUGUUGCCCGUGACGACCCUGAGCUGGCAAUGGUUGGCGGUUCAGACCAUCGAGAUGGCUUUGUCGGCGAACUCUAUCUUGUCCUACAAUGGCCAUCGGGUCCUCGUCAAGCUACAGGAGCUUCAGAACCUCGUGAGCCCCACGGCCUCGGAGGCCCACCGGCCUUGGGGAAGGGGGGAAAGACCAUGGGGAGAAGUGAUUGGUUUUCAGUGGUUUUAUUCUUUCCAAACUUCCGAUGGGAUGCUGUUUCUGCCUCACCACCUUGAAAUGUGGAGGAUUGGAUAA